AUGGCCGAGAUUGGGCAGCAGAGGGCAGUGACGGCGGCGUUUACGCCGCCACCGCCGAUGUGGAAGCACUUCACGACGGACAACCUCAACAAGCUCGAGGAGAUCAAGAAGCAGGCGUUACAGGCCGAGGAAGGCAAGGCAAAGGGAAAGAAAUGGACCCCGGCCGAGCUGCGUGCGCUUGAUCUCCCGGGAGAGCUUCGGUUUCUGGCUCCUCCUGCGGUGCCUACGUCGGGUCAUUACAGUGUUUUUGGAGAGCUCCAGAGUCUGUCGACUGUUUUCCCGUCGUUGCAAGAACAAGGUAUCGAACAGCUGUAUCCGUCUCCGCCGACGGACGCGGAUUCGGCUUCGAAACCCACGCCGCCGCUGAACCAUGCCUACUACCUGUUGAAGAUCAGCAAGUCGCUUCUGUUGAACUUCCUCGAAUUUGUCGGCGUUCUUUCAGUCGCACCGGAACAGUUCCAGGCAAAGGUUGAAGACCUCCGGAACCUCUUCAUCAACGCGCACCAUCUCCUCAACCUGUACCGACCGCACCAAGCACGCGAAUCCCUGAUCAUGAUGAUGGAGGAACAGCUUGAGCGCACAAGGGAAGAAAUCAAAGAGAUGGACAGAGUUAAGCUCGAAAUUGAGACCGCCCUGGAACAAUGGAAACUCGAGGGUCGCGAGGCUUCGGCUGCGAACAAAUCCACUGCCGAGUCCCUCCCACCAGCUGGCGCAGAGGAGAAGAACACAGAGGACUCGAGACUUCUCUGGGAUAUCCUGAAGCACGACAAUUGA